UAUCUGGACGAAACCCGCAGGUGAAUGUGUGUACACAAAGAUGACGAACCACACACAAGCGCUCUGAAAUGGUAUGUUUCAUAGGCUGAAGACUACAACAACCGGCGGAUUUUGAAGCGGAUUUCUGUGUAAUAUCAACAGCAUGUCCGCUUUUGUGGCCCAUCCGUCUGUUCGUGUCAGAGGAACUGAACACACAUACACUCCUGUGCUGUGCCAGGAUGAAAAGUGUUUGGGGCAGGAAAAAGGUGUGCACAUGCACUGUCCGCUGUGUGCUGUGACCGAGGCUUAUCAAGACCCGGUCAUCCUGCGAGCUCACUUCCGCAUCAAACACGUGGACAAAGGCAUUGAGUUUGCUGGCUUGAAAGUGCUGCGCUGCUGUAUCCAUUGUGAAAUUGUGGGCACUAUAAAAGGAGAAAAGAGGUUUAAAGGUGCGCAUUGGCACUGUUACCGUUGCAGAAAUGGUUUCAACAGGAGGGACGAGGCCAUCAAACACUAUAAAACACACUUCCGAAAUCCUCACACCACAUUCCAGAUCCAAGUCACGCAGAAUGUAAACUGCCGACAGUAUUACGGUGAAAGCUCAGAAGCUCACGUGAAAGCAUAUGAAGGCCUUGCAGUGGGUCUUGGACCAGGUGAAGAUGGCACAAGCAUUGGGUCCAUCUUAACACAGCCCAUUCUGACCACUGGCACUGAAACACUGCUGACUGUGGAGCCAAAGGAAGACGUUGAGAGAAAUGGCAUCCCAUUGGGUGCUGAGGAGGAGGUGCAGUCUUCCCAAAGUUCAUCUGAUGGGACACAGACUCUUGUUCUUAUGGAUCCUGAUGGACAAGGAAGCAGUGUGAUCUAUGAUACAACUACUGGUAUCCUUACUGAACAGGAAGCAGAAAGUUUGGAGCAGACACUGCUGCAGAAACGUCUCCUGGAGCUUCACCAGCAGAUCGACACACUUCAUCAGGAGAAGGAGAGCAUGGAGAAGACACUACGAGCUGAGAUUAAACAGCUCAAAGAACAGGUCGCAAGCCUAGUGCAAUCUAAUGUGAGGAUGUUUGAGGAACUGCAAGCCUAUCAAUGUCCUGAUCACAGCCAACAAAAGGUGGCCAAACUUAUGGAAAGCCUUGAAGCUCAGCACAAGGAGCUCCUGCAGGCUCAGUUGGCUUCGCUCAGAAGGGAGAUCCUGUGCGGGACUGGUCACGUCAUGGCAAUCAAUGGCCACAAGGAGGCACUGGAGCUCAAUGAGGAUUCAGAAGAGACACAAACCACAGCCAUCAGUGGACCUUUAACAGGAUUGGAGAACAUGGAUGUACAGCUACACACUGAGCAGCAUGAGAAACUAAAAUCCACAGAGCUGGAGCUAGUGUCAUCCGAUACAGUGGCCUGUUUGGAGAGCCACAGCCUGGAGUUAGAAUUGACAAACACUGGCUUAACUACAUCGAAGAUUUUAGAGGAUAAACCGGAAGUUUCUUUGUUCAUCGAGGCUCCAAAGAAGCGCAAUUCAACUGACGACUUAGAGGAGAUAGUUGAAAACAAAGUACAAAAAAUAAGCUGAGAAUCACACUCAUCUUCAUUCCUUUUUUAAAGCUUUUAAAAAUUGCUGUUAGGUAUGCCAUACAUUUCCAGAUCAAUAAUCUGUCUGUAUUCUGUCAUUUGGCAAAAUAUAGAUAUACAUGAUUCCAUUAUACAUUAUUUUUUGACCAUAAAGCUUUUUUACAUUUUUAUUUAUGUUUGUCAAUGCUAUCUAAUGCAAUGUACUUGUGCUUUUAAUGACUGCAUUGGGUUUCAUUUAUCAUUGAGCGUAAACAGACUUGCUACUGAUCAUGUUUUCAUAAAUGAAACAUUGUGCGGGGAACAGUUAUGAGCUGUGGAAACACUUUAUGUAAGGAUGCCAAAUCUUGAAGUUCUACAGACAUAGUGAUAUUUAUAAAUAACCAGUGUUUAUUUAUUUUUUAAUUAAAUGCCAGAAUAAUUAUUGACUUUG